GACACUGUGGUGUCCUAAAACCGUUCUCAUCAAAAACAGGGCCAAAAAAGUUCUAAAGUAUCCAUACUGAGGCCUGGAUUGUACUGUGGGUGGGCAAUGGUGUAAAAUUUUGCGUUCUACUUAUAAGAGAGAGACCAGCUAUGAGUCUGCUGUGAUUAUGGAACCUUGGAAGAGAGGCAACAAGACCAAACAGAGAUAUGGUCGCUAUAGUAAUGUGGAGGAGGAUAGGUAUCAUGUCCCUGACAACCAUGAAGAAGAAUUCUUGGUGCACAUCCAUCCUGCCAGAUCCCAUGAGUCAGACAGAGACUAUGCAGAUAGGGACAUUUCCAGAUCCUCCUACGCUCAGAGUAUCAGCUCCACUUCAAGUGGCAGCCCUAUCAUACCCCCACGAAAUCCCAGAAGAGGACUCCCUUGUACUCCUCCAGGAAAUACCGGACCUGCUGUCAACCGCCAACUGAAACCAGGAAAAUCAAGGAGGACCCAGUUAGAUGACAGAACACAAGUCAUGGAGUCUACAGAACAGAACAUGCUACUCCCACCAAGGUCUACACCCUCCUUACCUAAGAACCUAAUAAUCAAGCUGGCUGGGCUGGACCUCCAGAGGCCCUGCAGGAGAGACAGACAGAGAGGACAACAACAUGUGGAAUGCAAUACACCCUCAAAAGGUCAUUGUUCGGGGAGAGAGCGAACUAUCCAAAGCCAAAGAUAUUCAUUGGACCUUGAAUUUCAACUCAACACAGACAUAAGGUUACAACAAAGGCACAAUACCCCAGAAGAGUCCUCAGUGAAGCGCCAACAACACCAUGAGUGGCCUCAAACCAAAGAUGAUGUGGAGCAGCAUGACUUUGUCCCCAAGGAAAGACCUUGUCAGACGUACAAUGAACAAGACUGGUACAUAGGAGCUUGCGAUCGAGCAGAGGCUGAACAUGCCUUACACCUGGUGAAUAAGGAUGGGGCAUUUUUGGUGCGGAAUUGCUCAAGGAACACGGACAGCGAACCCUUCGUCUUAGCAGUGUUUCAUGACAAGAGAGUUUUCAAUGUUAAAAUCCGGUUCAUUGAUAGCACCUCCAAGUACGCCCUUGGGACUGGGCAAAGUGCCAAUGAUGUGAGUAGACAAAUGUUUGAUACUGUGGCAGACAUCGUCAAAUUCCACACCAUAUUCCCCGUAGUCCUGAUCAACGGGAGGAACCAAUCAGCUAGCAAAUAUCAUGGGAACUGUGUGUUGACAUACCCAAUCACAAAAGAGGUUGUCAACCAACUGUUGGAAUGAAAGGCCUACUGUGCCCAUGCAAUAACAAUCACAUUUUGUCUGAGUUGAUCCACUGGAUUUGUCUGGAUUUAUCUGUUUUAUAAUGUGCUAUAUUUGAUUAUAAAUUGUCACAUUUUGCUCUAUACUCUGUACAUAGACUCACCAUUGGCUUGCAUCUGAGUACAUGUACUGUAUAGACACUGCAUUGACAUUAUGUAAACUUGCCUAAAUAAAAGGUUUUAAGGAA